AUGAGUUCCUUCGCCUAUCGAACGGGGCAGAGCACCCAAGCUGUGCUUUCCGGCGCAACCAGCCGGCUAGCUCUCACCCACGGUCGUGCGUCGGCGUACCGGCGGAUAUCCCAGCUCUCGACCACCGCCCGUAUCGGUGCGCAAGAACAAUCCCAAGUCCAGGGAACUUACCAAUCUCGACUCCGAUCCCCCUUCACUCCUGAAUCUAUCAUUCUCCCCUCCCGCCUCGCCACCCAAUCCCGCCAGUUCCACGUCUCCUCGGUCCGUGGAGACAAGGAGAAGCCUGCCGAAGACAAGGCGUCCGAGAAGAAACCAGAAGAGGAGUCGGACAAGGACAAGGAGUCCGAGGAGACUUUCCGGACCGAGAUGGAGCAUUCUAAGGAAUGGAACGAGUCGACCAAGGCCAUUGCCUCCUCGGCGCAUCAAUUCACCGAGAGCGAAUCCGUGAAGCGCGCGCGCGAGGCCUACGAGAAGACAAGCGGCGCGGUGUCCUCGACUGCCUCCAAGGUCGUCAAGACCACCGCCGGUGCCAUCGGAAAGGGUGCCUCGUGGACUUGGGAGACGCCCGUCGUCAAGGGUGUUCGAUCGGCGGCCAAUGUCACCGGCGAGGCCCUUGACAAGGCUACGAAACCGAUCCGCGAGACCGAGGCUUUCAAGAGCGUCAAGGAUGUCAUUGACGAUGGUUCCAGCGCCCGCUAUGGUGGCUGGGUUGAGAAGGAAGAGCGUAGGCGGAAGCGAGAGCUUCAAGCACAGUCCGGCGCGGCCCCCAAGGUCCUCGAGGAGGAUCCGGAGGCCGGUACCAAUGUUACUCUACACAAAGAUGCCGCGUGGAAGGAGGCCUGGAGGGAUUUCAGGGACACCAACAAGGUCAUGCAGGGUCUCUUCAGCGCCAAGACCGUGUACAACGAAUCCGAAAACCCCUUGAUCAGCACGGCCAGGAGCAUCACCGACAGCAUCGCCGGCUUCUUUGCCGAAAACGAGAACGCGAUGGUGAUCAAGAAAUUCCGCGAGAUGGACCCCCAGUUCAAGGUCGAACCUUUCCUUCAGGAGCUACGCGAGUACAUCCUCCCCGAGGUCCUCGACGCCUACGUCAAGGGCGACGUUGAAACCCUUAAGCUGUGGCUUUCCGCGGCGCAAUUCUCCGUCUACGAGGCCCUCACCAAGCAAUACCUUCAGCUGGGCAUGAAGUCGGAUGGCAAGAUCCUUGACAUCAGGAACGUCGACAUCCUCAAGGCCAAGAUGCUCGACCCCGGUGACAUCCCCGUCUUCAUCAUCACCUGUAGGACGCAGGAGGUGCACGUCUACCGCAACGCCAAGAGCAAUGAGCUCGCCGCCGGAAUGGAGGACAAGGUCCAGCUCGUUACCUACGCCAUUGGCAUCACCCGUGUUCCAGAGGACGUCAACAAUCCCGAGACCAGAGGAUGGAGGUUGAUUGAGAUGCAGAAGAGCGGAAGGGACUGGUACUAA